GGGGGCAACGCCCUCGCAUCACAUGCCUUGGCAGAGCUCUAGAUUUCCCCUAGUCGCAACUUCCUUUUUGAAGCAGGAGGGCAGGGCCGGCUCAGCCAAUGGCAGGCGAGACAGCCCGCUUAUACCCGGGCGCCAUGCCCACUAGCCCGGCAUUUCGGCAUUUCCUCUCUUCCCGGCAAGGCCACGACUGACAGAGCAAAGAGAGAGAGAGAGAGAGAGAGAAAUCCAGCGGGUAGGAUCUAUCGUGACCACGCAACUCGGGCGAGGGGGAGAUGCUUUGUCUGUGUCUCUAUGUGCCAAACUUCGGCGCUUCCCAGGGGGAGUUUGAGUACUUUGAGUCGAGGGGCCUCCCCGCUGGACUGAAAUCCAUCUUCAGGUUGAGCCUCUUGAUCCCUUCCCAGGAAUUCUCCAUCUAUCGGCAGUGGAAGCAGAAAAUCGUAAAAGCUGGAGAUAAGGAUCUGGAUGGCCAGUUGGACUUUGAAGAAUUCGUCCACUACCUUCAGGACCACGAGAAGAAACUGAGGCUGGUCUUCAAGAGCUUGGACAAAAAGAACGAUGGUCGCAUCGACGCUCAAGAGAUCAUGCAGUCCCUCCGGGAUCUGGGCGUCAAGAUCUCCGAACAGCAGGCGGAGAAGAUCCUCAAGAGCAUGGAUAGAAACGGGACGAUGACGAUCGAUUGGAAUGAAUGGAGGGAUUAUCACCUUUUGCACCCGGUGGAGAAUAUUCCAGAAAUUAUCCUGUACUGGAAACACUCAACGAUUUUUGAUGUGGGGGAGAAUCUCGCCGUCCCGGAUGAAUUCACCAUAGAAGAGAGGCAGACGGGGAUGUGGUGGCGCCACCUGGUGGCAGGAGGAGGCGCCGGUGCUGUAUCCAGGACAUGUACUGCCCCCCUGGAUCGUUUGAAGGUGCUAAUGCAGAUCAAACGUUUCAUCGCAACAGACCAAGAGGUCUUGAGGAUUCACGAGAGGCUGGUGGCCGGUUCAUUGGCUGGAGCCAUUGCACAGAGCAGCAUUUACCCCAUGGAGGUUCUGAAAACCCGGAUGGCCCUGCGUAAAACUGGGCAGUACACAGGGAUGCUGGACUGUGCGAAGAACAUCCUUGCCAAAGAAGGACUAGGUGCUUUCUACAAGGGCUACGUUCCCAACAUGCUGGGGAUCAUUCCGUAUGCUGGGAUUGACCUGGCCGUUUACGAGACGUUGAAAAACAGCUGGUUGCAACAUUACGCCGUGAACAGUGCAGAUCCAGGGGUCUUCGUCCUGUUGGCCUGUGGUACCAUGUCAAGCACUUGUGGGCAAUUGGCCAGCUACCCCCUUGCUUUGGUACGGACACGAAUGCAAGCUCAAGCCUCCAUCGAAGGUGCCCCGGAAGUCACCAUGAGGAGCCUCUUCAAACACAUCCUGAAGACCGAAGGCGCCUUUGGGCUCUACCGGGGCCUGGCCCCCAAUUUCAUGAAGGUGAUCCCUGCCGUGAGCAUCAGCUACGUGGUCUACGAGAACUUGAAGAUGACUCUGGGGGUGCAGUCGCGAUGACCACCAAGUGGCCUCUCGUGGACUCCUUUGGCCGAGCCUCGGAGCGACAGCUCUUGGGCGGAAUGGCCGUUUCAUUCUGUGAAUGGGUUGAAGACACUAAUGAGUUGUGUGAACCAAGCUGUGAUAACUCCCAGGCCCAGAAGGGACUGGGGGGAAAGAGGGGUGGGGUGGGGCAUUUAUCUUUGUCUUGCUGUCAGAAGCACCAGGGCGGGGGAGUGAAGGACCAAACCAGGAAACCCCCCCCACCCCACCCCUCCUCUCUAUCCUUUGGCUAGGAGACCAUCCCAAGUUGCUUCUAAAGGAGCCAAAGACUUGGGACAAUCACUUUCCCCCCCAAGCCACUUCAGAGCGGGACGAUAGAUCCAUCCUCCCCUCUCUGUUUCUCUUGUUGGGGCUGCCCAUGUCUCCCGCCCACGGCUUCGGUUCCCCAAAUAAGACCUGGAUAAGGUAGAAAUGGCUAAGAGCCAACACCCCCCCGCAAAUAUUUUUGCUGUUUACAUCACAUUCUGCUGGGUGAGAGCGAUUUACAUUACAAUCCUGACACUGCAAUGUAUAUUUUUUUAAUUUAAAACAAAAAAACCAG